UUCACCGUGGCGUCGCAGUACGCUUGUUGCACUCGUCAAGUUUCGAGUAUAAAUUCGGCGUUAUUCGUGGCGAAUCGACGAGGCGAUUGCGAUUAGAUUUGUGUACACGAGUGAGGUUAUACGAAAGUAUUGAAGUUAUACGAAAAACAAGAUGAAAAGAUCACAUUCGAGAAGGGACGAGGACGAUGACGACGAUAACGACGACGGACGCUAUCACAAGCGUAAGGAUCGCGAGCGCAGCAAGGAACGCAGCAGGGAGUCCAGGUAUGACGGUGCCAAGAGCUCCAGACGUAAGGACGAUCGCAGGAGCUCGAGACACGACGACGAUUACCGUACCUCCCGACGUGACGAGGAUGCUCACCGGAAUUCCCGACGCGGCGGCCGCAAAGAUCGUCGGUACAAUGACGAUCAUAAGGAGAAUCGCAGAUACAAUGAUGAUCAACGGACCUCUUCCAGAUAUAGCGACGACGAGAGGCGCAGGAAGCGCGAUUCCGCGGAGGAGACGGCGAAAGAGAAGAUCGGCAGCAGAUAUUACGGAGGGCCGCAAGAGAAUCCGGAGGAAGUUCGGCAGAAGCGAACGGUAGAUCUCCUAACCUCAAAAACGGGAGGCGCCUACAUACCGCCCGCCAAGCUGCGCAUGCUUCAAGCUGAAAUCACCGACAAGUCCGGAGCAGCUUAUCAGCGCAUCGCAUGGGAGGCCCUGAAGAAGUCUAUCCACGGUUUCAUCAAUAAAGUCAACACCAGUAACAUAGGUAUCAUCACGAGGGAGCUGCUGCGCGAAAACAUCGUCCGCGGCAGAGGCUUACUGGCACGUUCCAUCAUCCAGGCGCAGGCCGCCUCUCCCACAUUCACGCCGGUCUACGCGGCGCUCACCGCGAUAAUCAACUCCAAGUUCCCCAACAUCGGCGAGCUGGUGCUGCGGCGGCUGGUGUUGCAGUUUAAGCGCGGCUUCCGACGCAACGACAAGCCGCUGUGCAUAUCGUCAGGUACAUUCGUGGCCCAUCUGGUGAAUCAGCGCGUGGCGCACGAGAUCCUCGCGCUGGAAAUCCUGACGCUGCUGGUGGAAACUCCGACAGACGACUCUGUCGAGGUGGCCAUCGCAUUCCUCAAGGAGUGCGGCAUGAAGCUCACGGAAGUCACGCGCAAAGGCAUCGAAGCCAUCUUCGAGAUGCUGCGGAACAUAUUGCACGAAGGCCAGUUGGACAAGCGGGUUCAAUACAUGAUCGAGGUGAUGUUCCAGAUUAGGAAAGACGGCUUCAAGGAUCACGAAGCUGUGCCGGAGGAGUUGGACCUCGUCGAGGAGGAGAGUCAGUUCACUCACCUGAUCACCUUGGACGAGGUGACGGACGCGCAAGACAUACUGAACGUCUUCAAGUUCGACGCGGAGUACCUCGCCAACGAGGACAAGUACAAACAGCUGAGCCGAGAAAUCCUCGGCUCGGACGUCAGUGAGUCGGAGGGCGAGGAGGAGGAGGACGGCGAGGAAGAGGACGGAGGGGACGAGAGCUCGGGCGAGGAGAACGGUGCUGGGCCGGUCGGCGGUGACAAGGAGGGUGUGAUACUCGACAACACGGAAACGAACCUGACCGCUCUGCGACGCACCAUCUACCUGACGAUACACUCGUCGCUCGACUUCGAGGAAUGCGCGCACAAGCUGAUGAAGAUGCAGCUGAAACCCGGUCAAGAGAUCGAGCUGUGCCACAUGUUUCUAGACUGCUGCGCUGAGAUGCGCACGUACGAGAAGUUCUUCGGCCUGCUGGCCGGCCGUUUCUGCGCCAUCAAUAAGAUUUAUGUCACGCCGUUCGAGCAGAUCUUCCGGGAUUCUUAUCACACGAUACACCGCCUCGAUACCAACAAGCUGCGCAAUGUGUCCAAGUUCUUCGCUCACCUGCUGUUCACAGACUCCAUAUCGUGGGGCGUGCUGUCGUGCAUCAAGCUCAACGAAGAGGAUACCACGAGCUCUAGCAGGAUAUUCAUCAAAAUCUUAUUCCAGGAGCUCUCCGAGAACAUGGGCCUAUCCAAACUGAAUCAACGGGUCAAGGACGUGACGUUACAGGAGGUGUUCGAAGGACUGUUUCCAAGGGACGACCCGAAGAACACGCGUUUUGCCAUCAAUUUUUUCACCUCCAUCGGACUGGGCGGUCUGACAGAUGACUUGAGAGAACAUCUCAAGUCCCACCCGAAGCCGGUCCCUGUGCCGGUGUUAACCAACAAGGAGGAGGAAGACGAAGAGGACGAAGAGGAGGAACCCUCGAGCUCGGACGAAUCCAGUUCGUCGUCGAGCUCCAGCUCUAGCUCGUCUAGUUCCACAGAAAGCGACUCCUCGUCGUCGUCGGAGGAGGAUAAAGUUGUGACGAAGAAGAAGAAAAAGAAUAAGGAGAAGGGAAAGAAGUCGAAGGAUAAGAAGGAACUGAAACACAGGAAAACGCAGAAAAAGAAAAAGAAAAGUAGUAAGACAGCGAAAAGGGAUAAAUGAGAAAAAGAGAGGAUGGGAUAGAUAUAAAUUUAAAUAUACAUAAUGUAGGUAUAAUAAAUACCUUAUUUUAUAUCAGUAAUAUAAGAGAACGAGAUCCAAUAAACACCUGGAGAUCCAAUAUACUGGGUAGUACAAUUGGAUAGCACAAUUGGCAAUACAAUUAAUAUUGUAAUUUCCUAUUUAACAAUGUAUAAGCGCAAUACAACAUGCGUUACAAGAGUUACAUAUCGCUGAGUAGAAAAUCAUAACAUUAAUAUGUUACUGUUUGUCUGGGUGUUUAUUGGGAAGUUUCUUUUAUAUCACAACUGAAUACACCUAAGUGUGUGACAGUCUAUUCCUUUUGUAAAUAUUUCACGUCAUUCUACAAUUUUUCAAGAACUCUAUGGAUAGUAAUAAAUGAAUACAUUAUAUUUGUUACAUCUUGUACAUAUAUAUGUAUCGUACAUAAACAGUGCUAGCUUGUGUAA